AUGGCUACCAUUCUGCCUCCGAUUCCCCGCUUCAUCUUCACGGUAUUCGAGCCCAUCGCCCUUCUCGCUGGCUACCUCUCCCCAAUGCUUGAUACAACCAGCUUCGUCAAUUCUCAACUUCCCGCAACCUCAGUCACCACCGUAUUGCCGACAGCGACAAACCGCGUCCUGGCCCUUCAACUGGGUAAUGUAUACGGACUUCUUGCUAUGGUUGGUGUUGGCAUUCUUUACGCCACAACAGAAGCAAAAGUCGUGCGCAACUUUCUACUUGCCUGCGCCAUUGCCGACGUAGGUCACCUGUACGUUACGUAUGCAGUAAUGGGUUACAUGGACUUCAUAGAUGUGCAAGGAUGGAACUCAAUGGCGUGGGGCAAUAUUGGGGUUACGCUUGGGCUUUUUCUGACCAGGGUACUGUACUUGACGGGUUUUUUGGGGCAGGAUAAAGUGGUCAAUAGCACGAGAAAGACAGUCAAGAAGAAUAUAUAG